AUGGGUUUCUUCAUCCUUUUCACACUUGGAGUGCUUGUUCCGGGCUUCCAGGCCCUCACUCUUACUGAAUGUGGGGCCUACGCCAGACGUCCAGCGUACACAGACAUAGCCGUGUCGUGUGGGACUCAGUCCAUUGAGCUGGCCAUCCUGGCUUGCCCGGUCGUUUACACUGGAUACAACGAGAGCUUGCUGGUCUUGAACCAAAUCGCGGAUAUUCCGGGCUGUCGAGGGCAGCUGAACACCUCGGUCACUCCUCCGGUCGUCCGCUUCGCUUUCUCACUCAGGCAGGCGGACUCGUGUGGCAGCGUCUUCGUGACCACUAGUGCUGCGGGCACCGGAAUCUUCUCAGACUUCUCCAACGUCCAGACGGUGAACAUCAGCGGUGUGGUUCGCUCCUUCGACCCCACAGUGGGAACCGUGACUUACAACGCUGAGCUGAAGUAUUUCUACUCGUGUGCUUACCCGCUAGAAUACCUCAUCAACAACACUGUCGUUGAUGUGUCGUCCUCCUCCAUUGCAGUGAAGGACAGCAAUGGUACGUUCAUCAGCACUCUGAGCAUGCAGCUCUUCAAGGAUGGGAACUACACCGUGCCGCUGAUAAUCCCACCUCUGGGUAUUGAGUUGAGGACCACUAUAUUUGUUCAAGUCAUUGCGGCGAACCUGACAGCGCAAUACAACGUGCUGCUGGACAGAUGUUAUGCCUCAGUCUCCCCUCAGCCCACCGACUCUACCUUUUUUAAUCUUUUUGUCCCGUGUGAUAAGGACCGGUUCACCAUCGUGAUUGAGAAUGGAGACACACAGCGAGCCCGCUUCAGUUUCCCGGCGUUCCGCUUCACCGAACAGCAGAACCAGACUGUCUCCACCUACUACCUUCACUGCAUCACCAGGCUUUGUGAGCGUGCCACCUGUAGCCAGUUUAAGCAAUGCAGCAGAAGGAGAAGAGAGGCUGAUACAACAGUGAUAAAGGAUGGCAUCUCUGCGCUCAUCACCUCUGUGCCCAUUGUGACGCAAGCAGACAAUCACUGCACUGUGUGUGCUGCAGUGACAGCGCAGGCCAAAGGUGGAAACAGUGCCCCUGUCGGGCUCGGCAUUGCUGUGGCUGUCCUGGUCCUCGUGAUCGCUGCUGUUGCCCUGAUGGCCGUGUCCUUCUAUCGCAAACUCAGUAGACUGCACUGAGCACCAUCCACGGAAAAAGGAGAGACUUGCUUUGGCACAGGUGGAGGGGGAAUCUGGGGGCUUCACCCUGUUGUCCAUGUAUGGCUUUGCAUUUAUUUCCCCUGUAGAAGGUUAUGCGGUCUGUCAUGGGACCAGUACUCAUAAAAGGUAUGGGAGGGUUCAUAAUAUCAACAUGUGCCAAGCCAUAGACAGCUUCUUAAAAAAUCCGUAAGAUUAUGGCUUUUCAUGCUCUGUCAGUAUUUCGUUGAUGGUUGGUAGGUUAUGCAAAAAUGACUGUUAAUUGCUUUCAGUGCACCGCCAAGAGAAUGGAAUGCUUGAGUAAGUGAGGAAUAUAAAUUAUGUGAAAGCAGAAAGCUUUGAAACAGAUGCUAUUCCUUGGCUUGCUGAGCGCUCAACUCAGAAUAUGUGGACAGAAAUGGUUUAUAAUUGUUUUGCCCUCUUACACAAGAGGCUUCCACCAGUCCUCUUCUAUAAAAUUUUAAAAUCAAAUGUUUUCAUGUUUUUGGCAGUUUAUUAAUUUUCCUGCAGAUCCAGCUCUUAACCAGUUAUCCACAUCAAAACGUCUGCAUGCCUCCAAUAUUGUAAUUCAAUAAACCGUGUUCAUUAUAAGGUCGAGAGAGCUUUUAGAGCUCGUAUGUUACCUGCUAGUGUAGUUUAAGUGCAGUCGGUAAAGACAGAUAUUGGAGAUGGAUUAGAAUGGAUAGAACAUCUUGCUGAAAGCAUUACUAUUCGUUAAAAAUGUUUCAAAGCUUUUCUGAGGUCAUCUGAACGUCUUUUGAUCAUGAUGUGUCUGUAAGAGUUUUGUUCUGGCUCUCUAAACGGUAAUCAGCUGGGCGCGAACGCUUUUAAAAUAGUCGGCUCCAGAUGGCAUGAGACUUCCAUUGUGCUCAUUUAUAAGCUAUUGAUGUAGGUGGAAGUUGAGAAAGCUGAUUUUGUUUCCAAGAAUGAUAUUGUUCAUUUGUAUCAUUUCUUUGUAUGUGCAUGCAUUAUCAUUGGACUAUUAAAGCUUUCAAGGUCUUGAAGAUGGA